AUGAGGGAAGAUAGGGCGCUGUGGGAGAAGCGGGUGCUCCGAGCCGGGCCGAGCCGAGCCGGGCCCCGAGCCGCUCGCCCCAAAACUUUCCCCUCGGUCGGCUCCUGCCCCCCCCCGGGACCGGACCGGACCGGACCGAACCGGGCGUCGGCGGGCCCAGGUGACCUGUCCGUUCCCCCCCUUCGGGUGACCCACCUGUCCCCCCCCCCCCCGGAUGACCCAUCCAUCACGUCCUCGGGCGACCCAUCCGUCCCCCCCCCUUUGGGUGACCCGUCCAUCACGUCCUCGGGUGACCCAUCCAUCACGUCCUCGGGUGACCCAUCCUUCCCCCCCCCCCCUUUGGGUGACCCAUCCAUCACGUCCUCAGGUGACCCGUCCAUCACGUCCUUGGGUGCCAGCUCCUGCGGACGCCGCCCGUCCAGCCGAGGUGCCCCCCGUCCGCGGAGGCGCGGGGGCGGCGAGCCCCUCCAGGAUGGUCCCGUCCCGGGGGGCGGCCGGAGCGGGGGUCCGGCGGCCGCCCGGCCGGCCCCUGCCCCGCCGCCGCGGCGCCCCGGCUUGGAGGUGAAGACGACGGCGAGGGCGGCAGCGGGGUGGCACCGCCCGGCGGCCCGGCCCCCCCAGGUCCCCGGCCCGCUCCCCCGGCCCCCGAGAGACGCCCCCGGCCCGGCCAUGAGCCAGGGCCCGGAGCCGGCGGCGGCGGCGGCCCACGGCCCCCGAGGCCCGGGGGUGCCCGGCGGGGGCGACGGGCGGAAGAAACGGAAGCGGUGCGGGCAGUGCGGGCCCUGCCGCCGGCCCCAGAACUGCGGGGCCUGUACCAGCUGCACCAACCGCCGGACGCACCAGAUCUGCAAGCUGCGCAAGUGCCAGCUGCUGAAGAAGAGGGCCGCCGGACCCGCGCAGGCAGGCUCCGAGGGCGUCGCGACGGUUGAUGGCCCGGCCCCGGCCCGGAUGGACGCGGGGCGGCCGGCUCCCGGUGACCCGCGGGCCCCGAGCGGCCCGGGCCCGCUCAAUGGGGCCGGCGAGCCCGGGGGCCCGAAGAAGCCCGGCUGGGAGCCCGCCCCCGCCGCCCGCGACCUGGCGGCCCUCUCGGCGGUGGCGGCGGCGGAGGCCGCGUCGUACGGGGCGGGCCCGGGCGGCGGGCCCGCCGAAGACCUGGACGCCCUGCAGGCCGCCCUGGCCCUGGCCCGGCACGGCCUGAAGCCCCCGCACUGCGACUGCGACGGGCCCGACUGCCCCGAUUACCUGGACUGGCUGCAGAGCAAGAUCCGCUCGGCCGGGGUCCCGCCCGGGGCCCGCGCCGGCCCGGCCCCCGCCGCCGGCCUCCCCGCGGGGCCCGGGGGGCUCCCCCUGUCCCAGAGCGCCCUGAGCAUCGCCAAGGAGAAGAACCUGAGCCUGCAGGCGGCCAUCGCCAUCGAGGCCCUGACCCAGCUGUCCUCCGCCCUGCCCCAGCCGCCCGGCCCGCGCCCCCCGCUGGAGCGGCUGCUCGGCCCGCCCGGCGACCCGACCCGGGCGGCCCCCGACUCCCAUCGCCAGGCCCAGUCCGCCCUGCAGCGGCACCUGCACCACCGCCGCGGCCUCUUCGCCGAGCCGGAGGGCCCCGACCCCCCCCCCCCCUGGGUCCCGGCCAAGGACAAGAAGAAGAAGCCGGCGUCGGCGGCGACGUCGUCGUCGGCGUCAUCGUCCCCCGGGACGGGGCCGGCGCCCCGCAAGCCCGUCCACAUCAAGAAGUCCAAGGCCCGCGAGGCCCAGCUCCUCUUCCCGCCCCUGCGGCAGAUCAGCCUGGCGGGGCCGCGCCCCGCGCCGGCCCCGUCCCCCGCUCUUUUUGCACCCAGCCCCCCCGGGGCCACCGUGACGCCCCCCCCAACUCAGGAAACGGGCCCCCGCGGCCCGCCCGACGCCGCGCCCGCCCACGACGCCAAGCUGGAAGAGCUCAUCCGCCAGUUCGAGGCGGAGUUCGGGGACGGCUUCGGGCUGCCGCCCCCGGCCCCCUCCCCCGAGGAGCGGCCCGCCCCCCGCCCGCCGCCCCCCGAGAGCCCCUGGGCCGCCCGCUCCCCGAAGCAGAUGAAGCUGGAGACGUCGGGCGCCGUGAUGGUGCUGUCCACCACCUGCCUGGCCUCGGAGGCCGCCGCCGCCGCCCCCGCCCCCGCCGAGGCCCCGCUCGCCCCGUCCCUGAGCGGCUUCCUGGAGUCGCCCCUCAAAUACCUGGACCCGCCCACCAAGAGCCUCCUGGACACCCCCGCCAAGCGAGCCCAGGCCGAGUUCCCCACCUGCGACUGUGUCGAGCAAAUCGUGGAGAAGGACGAGGGUCCGUACUACACCCACCUGGGCGCCGGGCCCACCGUGGCGUCCAUCCGGGAGCUCAUGGAGGAGCGGUACGGAGAGAAGGGAGAGGCCGUCCGCAUCGAGAAGGUCAUCUACACCGGGAAGGAGGGGAAGAGCUCCCGAGGCUGCCCCAUCGCCAAGUGGGUGAUCCGGCGCCACAGCCCGGAGGAGAAGCUGCUGUGCCUGGUGCGGCAGAGGGCCGGGCACCGCUGCCAACACGCCGUCCUGGUCAUCCUCAUCCUGGCCUGGGAGGGCAUCCCGCGCAGCCUGGGCGAUGCCCUCUACCGCGAGCUCACGGACACCCUGCGCCGCCUCGGGAACCCCACCAGCCGACGCUGCGGCCUCAACGACGACCGGACCUGCGCCUGCCAGGGCAAGGACCCGAACACGUGUGGGGCCUCCUUCUCCUUCGGCUGCUCCUGGAGCAUGUACUUCAACGGCUGCAAGUACGCGCGCAGCAAGACGCCCCGCAAGUUCCGCCUGGUCGGGGACAACCCCAAAGAGGAGGAAGUGCUCCGGAACAGUUUCCAGGACCUGGCCACCGAGGUGGCCCCGCUCUACAAACGUCUGGCCCCGCAGGCCUACCAGAAUCAGGUGAACAACGAGGACGUGGCGAUCGACUGCCGGCUGGGGCUGCGGGAGGGCCGGCCCUUCUCCGGGGUGACGGCCUGCAUGGAUUUCUGCGCCCACGCCCACAAGGACCAGCAUAACCUCUACAACGGCUGCACCGUGGUGUGCACGCUGACCAAGGAGGACAACCGCCGCGUGGGCGAGCUGCCCGAGGACGAGCAGCUGCACGUGCUGCCGCUGUACAAGAUGGCCUCGACGGACGAGUUCGGCAGCGAGGAGCGGCAGAGCGCCAAGGUGCUGAGCGGGGCCAUCCAGGUGCUGAGCGCCUUCCCGCGCGAGGUGCGCCGCCUGGCCGAGCCCGCCAAGUCCUGCCGCCAGCGCCAGCUCCAGGCCCGCCGCGCCGCCGCCGCCGCCAAGAAGCUGCACAAGGCCCAGCCCGCCCACAUCCCCCCGCUGCAGCCCAGCCCAGGUGUGGCCCUGAAGAGCCGACUGAGCCAGCAGCCGGGCCCCAGCCCCAACGCCAAGCUGGAGCCGCCCACCCACUUCAGCUGUCUCCAGUACGGCGGAGGAGGAGGAGGAGGAGGAGGAGGAGGAGGAAGCCACGCCGUGGUGGAGAGUUAUUCGGUGCUGGGCAGCAGCUGCCGGCCCUCAGACCCCUACAGCCUGAGCAGCGUCUACGCUUACCACUCCCACCCCUACUACGCCGAGCCCCCCGCCUUGCCGGCCCCCGGCGCCGCCGCCGCCGCCUUCCGCUCCGACCUGCCGCUCGCGCCCUUCGGCUACUACGGCUUCCCGCCCGGCGGCCCGGUUUUCCCCACGCGGCUCCUCGGCUACGGCGGCGCCGCCUGGGGACCCGCCGGGGGCCUGGAGACGAAGCCGGACCCGCGGGCCCUCCGGGCCCACGGCUACGGGGGGCCCGAGGCGGCGACCGGGGGCGGGCCGGGCUCGGGCGGCGUCGGCCACCCCCGGCCCGCGUACCCGGGCCACGCGGCUUUCCCGCUCCCCUCGGACCGGCGGGCCCGGCUCACCCCCUUCGCCCCGGGCGGCGGGGGCACCCCCUUCCUGGGCCGGCCCAUCAAACGGGAGCCGGGGGAGUCCCCGUGCCGGGCCGAGCCCCCCGCGCCCGGCUUCGCGGGCAGCCCGGGCCGGGCAGCCGUCCGGGACGGCGGGGGGCCGGGGCUCGGCUGGGGCGGGUUCAGCCCCGGGGAGGACCGCGCCGGCGCCCGCGACGCCCGUUGGGCAUCGCCCUUCCCCGGGGACGGGCUGCCCGUCCGGGCCUGGAGCCCCUGCGAGUUCGGCGCCGGGGCGCCGCCCGGCUCGGCCGAGAAGGCCUGGGGCCCGGCCGUCGGGGACCCCUGGGCCCCCGCGAGGCCGCCCGCCCCGCCCUGGCUCCCCCCCGGGCCUCCGGGCCUCCCGAAGUCCGAGGGGCCGCCGUGGGAUCCCCCGGGCGCGGAGGGGCGGGCGCCCGAGGAGGCCGGCGGGGAGCCGGCGGCGGCGGCGGCCGUGAAGGAGGAGGAGGAGGCGGAGGAGGAGGAGGAGGAGGUGUGGUCGGACAGCGAGCACAACUUCCUGGACGAGAACAUCGGCGGGGUGGCCGUGGCCCCGGCCCACGGGUCCAUCCUCAUUGAGUGCGCGCGGCGGGAACUGCACGCCACCACCCCGCUGAAGAAGCCCAACCGCUGCCACCCGACCCGCAUCUCCCUCGUCUUCUACCAGCACAAGAACCUCAACCAGCCCAACCACGGGCUGGCCCUCUGGGAGGCCAAGGUGAAGCAGCUGGCCGAGCGGGCCCGCGCCCGCCAGGAGGAGGCCGCCCGCCUGGGCCUCAGCCGGCCCGACGCCAAGCCCUACGGCAAGAAGCGCAAGUGGGGGGCCGCCGCCGGGGCCGAGCCCCGGACCGGGGACAGGAAGGACCGCGUCCCCACCCGGGGGGGCACGAUCGUCCCCACGAACACGACCGUCACCGUCUCCUCCUACGCCUUCACCAAGGUCACGGGGCCCUACAGCGGCUGGAUCUAGAGCCGGGGGCCGCCUUUACCUCAGCGCCCGGCGCCCCGGCCAACAACCAGAAACCCGGAGAGGAAGCCAGCGGGGCAACGUCCGCGCCUCCUCGUCGGAUGCCUCCUCCUCCUCCUCCUCCUCCUCUCCGGGCUUUCGGCGUUGGGUUUCGUGUUCCGUUUCGUCUUUUCGGUCCGUCGGGUCCUUUCUCCCGCCCUCCACGCCGAGCGUCGCGGGCCGGGACGGGGAGGCCCGAGGGGCCGUUUUUAAUGCCGUCGGGGAAACGUUAUUUAUUGGAUUUCUUUUUAAAACGACGGC